GGCCUCAACAUCGUCGUGACCCCGCUCAAGGCGUAUUUGUGCGAAUCGUUUCCGUGGCAAAUCGUCGAUGCGGCGCCGUCAGCGCCGUUCGCAACCUGGGCGCAGCGCGAGACAAGCCUCCUCACGUUCUACACGGCCGCGUAUGCACGUUGUGACUCUUCCAUACGCCUACCUGUCAUUAGGUACACAGCCGAGGUCUUCCGCCCUCACAAGUCGUACUACCACGACGUACGAGGCAGUACGCAUGUCUACCGUGCGACAGUACUGCGACCCCAGCGUUUCGCAAGCUGCCGUCUCGACGUCUUGACCACGUUGACGGGGGGUAUUUUUCUCGCCCCAGCUCUCGAAGCGAAUAUCUGCUCGUUUGUGGCGUCACCCAAUAAUGCAUCGAUGGUCGGCGGCUGCUUUGAGAGCCGCGUGUUCACGUCGUUAGCAGGCACCAACUGCAUGUGGACACGCGCCGGCAACGAGCUUAGCAACACAUCGGACCCAAGUGUGUUUACCUACUACAUUGCGUACCGCCAGAACGCGACCAUGGCGUUCAUGACCGUCAAGCUCGCGUAUCGGCUGCUACUGACUCUUUAUUUGGCGUGGCACCUCUGGCGUCACUACUAUCGCCACUACAUCACCCUCGUCGCGCAGUGCACGAUGCUGGCCGACGCUCGGCACUGCAUGCUGCUGCUUGGUGACCCUACGUCCAUUGCGUUGUUAAAUCCCGUCGUCUCACUCUGCUUGGCCGUCGAUGUUUGGUUUAGCAUCGACACAGUUGCGGCCGAACUUCUCGCGGCAGUUCAAGUCGAGGAUCUCUGGCGGUUUACGCUUGGAUGCGUCUAUCUCUCUCGCACGGUGGCUGCAUCUCUCUUGAGGUCCAGUGAGACUUAUGAAAUGGCAUGCUAG